AUGGCGCUCCGGAUAACGACAAUAGCAAAACAGUGGAUUGCUGGAAUUUUAAAGCACAGUAAAGCUAUCUGUGCGUUUGCCAACCCAACGGUCAACUGCUACAGGAACUUCUUCAAAUUGUUCUACCCUUUACACAUUUACUGGGGAAUCGAAGAUCGAGAAGCAUGUGUCCGCAUCAAGAACAAAACGCCUUGCACAACCUACAUAGAGAACAGACUUCCUAGUGGAAAGAGUAAUACAUAUCUCGUGAUGGCAUCUACCAUUGCUGCUGGGCUGGAUGGAGUCAAUAAGAAAAUGGAAUGUCCAGCCAAGGGAAAAUCAAAAGACACUGAUUCGCUUCCUUGUUCCCUUGCCGAAGCUCUGGCGGAACUGGAACAGGACGUAGACCUGUGCCAUGCUUUGGGGGAUGAACUGGUGACAUGGUUUGUCAAGAGCAAGAAAGAUGCAGAAAUUGCCAAGUAUGACGGUAUUGAGAUUAACGAUACAGCUAAGAGUUCAAGUAUCACCAUCUAUUCGGUCGGGAUAGAAGUGCACGUGAAAGCAGACCUGGUUAUCGCAUCCGAUGAAGGCAACAUGGUCCACUUGGAGGAUUUCAGCGACUUUGAGAACAUUGUCCCAGAGCUUGAAGUGAAGUUCUGUGCAGUAGUUAAUAAGUAUGAGUCUUCUCAUAUACACUGA